CUAUUUUGUUUGGUUCUUAGUGGGGACCCAGAUAUUUUGUUUAAUUGCUGAAAAACACUGCUCCCAAAGAAGCUUUCAACAUGGAGUUGGUGCCUUUGAAAUGCAUCCUCUUAGCUGUAAUGGCAAUUGUUGUAAUAUUCUUCGGCUUGCUGCCAAUAAAGAUCCUUAAAGUGCUAAAAAAUAAAAAAGGAAAAGUUGAACGAAAUGCGUCGUUUAUCAUCUCACUGCUGUCUUGCUUUGCCGGUGGUGUAUUUCUGGGCGUUUGCUUCCUGGACCUAAUGGUAGACGCAAUGGAGUCUUUUGCGGAAUGGAAGGAAAUGGCGGAAAUGCACAGCGACUAUCCGUUCGUGCCAUUGUUCUUCAUGGCUGGUUUUUUCAUAGUGAACAUCCUCGAAGAAAUUGUAGGAAAGUUCUGCGGCCAUGAACAUGGAGUGGAAGAGAGAAGACAGCAUGCUGCAACAGUUUCGAUCUCAGGUGCUAACAAUGAUAAUCUGGCAGAUUGCGAAAGUAAAUCAUCAUGCCCAUCUUCAAUAGAAGAAAUAGAUGACGAGGAUACAGCUAGAAAAGUCGUAAAAUCAUUAACAUUUGUUCUAGCACUAUUAUUUCAUGCAAGCUUAGAGGGAUUUGCUUUCGGUGUAAUGCCAACCAAAGUCUCGGUGACUACUCUUUUCUGUGGCAUCAUCAUACAUAAAGCUGUGGUGGCUUUUUCGGUUGGAACGAAACUUACUGAAGCACAUCCACGUAAACCUUGGGUGGUAUUUGGCUUGAUACUUCUCAUAGCUCUCAUUACUCCUGUUGGUGGAGCCAUCGGAAUCAGUGUUGAGAGCUCUGAUAUGGAUGAAUUGACUAAAAAUGCUGUUUCCUGCAUUCUUGUGAGUCUCUCGUUGGGAACCUUUAUUCACAUAACGUUCUUCGAGAUUUUGGUGCCAGAAAGCUUAAAAGGAUUCAACAGAUUUGCUCAGUGGCUAGUAACUAUCGUCGGAUUUGGGAUAAUCGCAGGAAUGACCACAUUUGGACAUGGCCAUAGCCAUGAACAUCACCAUCACGACCACGAUCACGGUUAUUUGAAUGUUUCUCAUUGACAUUGUUAAGUGAAACAAACUAAAAAAUUAGAGAAGCGAAGUCACUUAUGUCAAAGUGACUAGGCAGUGUUUUGAGAUCUCGGCAACUACCGGUAAUUUGAGUGAUUUUUGAUAGAAAAUUUGUGCAAAUAUAGUACUGUAUUAUGGGAAUAAAAAUUUCUUAU